AUGAUGCCCGCAGCAGCAGCAGCAGCAGCUGCGGCAGCAGCAGCAGCAGCAGGCGCAGCAGCAGGCGCAGCAGCAGCAACAGCAGCAGCAGUCAAGGCGGCCACGCAGCCACAGCCAGCAGCAGCAGCCACAUUAGCAGCAGCAGCAGCAGCAGCAGCAGAGGAGACAGAAAAUGCCAACAUUGAAUGCUUAGAAGGGGGGCCCCCAUUGCCCCAUGGGGCCCCCUCAACCCGCCGAAGGUCUGCUGCUGUGGGGGCCCCUGGGGGCCCCCGGGGGGCCCCCCGGGGGGCCCCCCCGAGGAAUUCUAAGGCAGCAGAGGGUACAGCAAAGUGCAGAAAAAAGCAGCAAAAAGAAAUAUAUCCUCCAAGAGACACUUCUUGCGAGGCCUGCCUUAAGCUGCAGCAGCAGCUGCAGCAGCAGCAGCAGCAGCAGCAGCAGCAACAGCAGCAGCAGCAGCGGCAGCAGCGAGCAACAGAUGAAAACAGUGCGCAGGGCAGCGCGGGGCAAACAGACGCAUGUGAAGCAGCAGCAGCAGCAGCAGCAGCAGCAGCAGCAGCAGAAUCAGCGUCCGCUCCCGCAGCAGCAGCAGCAGCAGCAGCAGAAGCAGCGUCCGCUCCCGCAGCAGCAGCAGCAGCAGCAGCAGAAGAUUUGCAGAGUCUGCAAGCUCUUGCUGCUGCUGCUGCUGCGCUGCGCUGCUGCGGCUACCACAUACACUUGAUGAAGCCCUCAGCUUUUGCUGCUGCACUAAAGGGAUGGUUUAGAAAACACAGAAGGAAACUGCCCUGGAGGGAGACCCUCCGCCAUACACUUGUUGGAAGGAGACACGCAAAGACACGAUGGAUGCCUCUGCUGCUGCUGCUGCUGCUGCUGCUGAUUCUCCUGCUGUGGCUGCUGCUGCUUCACAGACUGGCAAGAGAAAGAGGCAGCAGCAGCAGCAGCAGCAACAGCAGCAACGCUCCAUCUUUCUUUAAGCCCGUACCUUCUGGAAAACGGCACCAACCCAGCAGCAGCAGCAGCAGCAGCAGCAACAGCAGCAGCAGCAGCAGCAGCAGGAGGGAGGAGGUUGUGGUGGUGUCUGAGGAGGAGCAGGAAGAUAUGGAAGCAGCAGAAACGCCAGAAGCAGCAGCAGCAGCAGCAGCAACAGCAGCAGCAACAGCAGCAACAGCAGAUAAGAAAGCAACAGUGCCAAAAGCUAAAGAAACAGCAGCAGUUGCUGCAGCAGCAACAACAGCAGCAGCCAAAAGGGAAGCAACAGAAGCAGCAGCAGGAACAGAUAUAGUAGCAGCAGCAGCAGCAGCAGCAGAUGUGGCAGCAACAGCAGCAGCAGGAAAAGACGCAGCAGCAGAAUCAGCAAUCAAGACAGAGGCAACAGCACCGGCAGCAAGAACAGAGGCAGCAGCAGCAGCAGCAGUCAAGAGGGAAGCAGCAGCAGCAGCAGCAGCAGCAACAGAUGCAGCAGCAGCAACAGCAUCACCCAAGACGGAAGCAACAUCAGCAGCAGCGGCAGCGGGAACAGACGCAGCAGCAGCGCCAGCCAAGACGGAAGCAACAGCAGCAGCAGCAGCAGCAGCAGGAACAGAUGCAGCAGCAGCAGCAGCAGGAACAGAUGCAGCAGCAGCAGCAGCAGGAACAGAUGCAGCAGCAGCAGCAGCAGCAGCAGCACCGCAGCGCAGCGCGUACGGGAUUUGGAUAAGCGAAGUGAUGCUGCAGCAGACACAAGUGGCAGCAGCAGUUUCUUACUGGCUGAAGUGGCAAGUAAUUUAA